CCUCAGUUCAUAUUCAUUGGUCAUCAAGCUUGUACAUUUAAUCGACUUAAAAAAAAUUGUCAAAGUGAAGAAAAAUGUCAUUUAACAAAGUAAUUGCCAUUUUUCUAAUUAGUUAUCCAUACUUCAUAACUGGAUUAGUUUGUACGGGUUGCCUGGAAUUGGAUGAACUUAUUUUUGAUAAAGUAUUGACCAAAUUCUCAACUGUUUUAGUCAAAUUUGAUAUAGCCUUUCCAUAUGGAAAACAACACGAUGAAUACGCAAAAUUUGCUAAAGAAAUAAGUGAACAUAACUUUGACAAUAUGAUUGUUUCAGUGGUUGGUAUUAAAAACUACGGCGAUUUAACUAAUAGUAUUUUAGCUGAAAGAUUUUCCAUCGACAAUCAACUGCCCGCAAUCAAAUUAUUUUCCAAUGGCGAUUCGACCAAAUGGACUGACUUUCCACGAGAUCAGAAUAUUACGGUCGAAAAUUUGCGACAAUUCAUUCGACGAAUGUCGGAUGUUAAAAUCGUUCUUCCCGAAUGCUUAAAACAAUUUGAUGAUUAUGCAAAACAAUUUGUGGACGUAAUACAGUUUAAAUCAAUAGAAGCCGAAGAGAUCGUAAACGAAGCAACCAACGAAGCAGCAAAAUUAGAAAACGAACACGAACAGAAAACUGCGCAAAUCUAUUUACUAUUCAUGCGGCAAAUACUACAAAAAGAUAUCUAUUUUAUUGGAGCGGAACGAACACGAUUACAGCAGAUCUUAAAUGGAAAAAUUAGCAAUGAAAAAAGAAAGGAAAUCAAUCACAAGUUGAAUAUUUUAUCAGCAUUCCAUAAGCCGACUGACUACACAACGCAUCAUAAUGAGCUCUAAAACGAUUAUAGCAGUAAUAGUUCAUGAAUAAUAUGUUUUGCUGAUUGCUUUGAAAAGUAAACAAAAAAUAAAAAAAAUGAUAUCGUUGUAACAGUAAA